UCCAUAAUAAAAUUUGCGCAGAAUCGUAAAAAUAUCGCAAGAAGACGGACGUAAUUGAAAAGUUAAAAACUUGUUGCGUUUACAAGCCCAAACAUUCUAUUAGGAUGAGGGAUUUAGUGAACAGUGGACUAGACAAUGAAAGUAAUCAAAGAUUUAUUUGUGGUGCUGUGGAAGGGUUUUAUGGUAGACCUUGGAGUUCAGAUCAGAGGAAGCUUUUAUUCAAGUGGUUGAAGAAGAUGGGUUUAAACACCUACAUGUAUGCCCCUAAAGAUGAUUGCAAGCACAGAGCUUUCUGGAGAGAACUUUAUUCAGUAGAAGAAGCUGAUAAUUUAACCAGCUUGAUUCAGUCAGCCACAGAAAACAAUAUAGAAUUUGUUUAUGCAGUGUCUCCUGGACUUGACAUUUCUUUUUCUAGUGCUAAAGAUGUACAGUGCUUAAAAAGAAAAUUAGAACAGGUUUCUACUUUUGGCUGUAAAGCAUUUGCUCUCUUGUUUGACGACAUUGACCCAGAACUAAGUGAAUCCGACAGAAGUAUGUUUACUUCAUCAGCUGCAGCCCAAGUGUCUGUUACAAAUGAAGUUUUUCAGCAUUUAGAACAACCACACUUCUAUUUUUGUCCAACAGAGUAUUGUUCAUCAAGAGCUUUGCCAACCCUAUCAUCCUCAGAGUACCUGAAUACUGUUGGAUCAAAGUUGCUGUCAGACAUAGAGAUCCUCUGGACAGGUGUAAAAGUUGUCAGUAAGAAAAUGACUAUCAAACAUCUAGAAGAAGUGACUGCAGUUUUUCGCAGACCACCAUUGAUCUGGGAUAAUAUUCAUGCUAAUGAUUAUGAUCCUAGAAGAAUAUAUCUUGGUGCAUAUGAUGGCAGAUCACCAGAGAUUAUUCCAUACCUAAGAGGAGUACUGACAAAUCCAAACACAGAGUUUGAAUCUAAUUAUGUUGCUUUACAUUCUCUUGGUCAGUGGUGUAAAUCAAAUACCUCUGGUGUCAAAAAAGAUGUUAUUUUUGAGGGAGAUAGGUUAAGUCCUGUAAUAUCAGAUAUCAAACUUGAAACUGACAGUGAUUUUGGUUCAGUUGAGGACAUUCCAUCAUUAUUAGAUACAAGGUACCAACCAAGGUCUGCAUUGAGAGUGGCUUUGUCAGAUUGGAUGAUAGAAUUAAAGACUCCUCGUACACAACAGCAUAUGCCAGCUCCCUUGACAGCAGUAUUACCAACUAAUGUAGCAGCUAUCUCCGAGUUGCAGAAUGGAAGUAUGGUGAAUGUAGGUGGUGGAGACUCUUUCAUGCAGCCAGUUAUGCUUCCUAUCAAUAAUAGUUUGUUAUCUACAGGUCCGGAAGCUGCAUCAGACUCGGAGUCUGAUACAUCUGUUGAAUUAGAACCAAUGGACUGUGUACCUUCUACUGCAAAUUUGUCAACUACCUCAGAAGAAUGGGCAAUUGAUGGUAAAAUGACUGUAGAACCAGAGAUCCGAAUGGAGGAAUUCACAUGUGAUGAUAUUCAGAUGAUUGUUGACUUCUUUUUCUUGCCUUUUGAACAUGGAAUUAAGAGCUCACAGUUGCUGGAUGAUUUGCAUUGGUUGAAGUCAAAUUCUCAUUUGGUGAUGGAAAAGAAGGACCAAACACCAGAGAUGGAAGAAUGGGUGACUAAAGCUACCAGUUUUACAGACACUGUGAAGAAGUUGCGUGCAGUAUCUAAAAGACUUGUAGAGUUACCAAACAUAUCUGCCGUCCAAGAGUUAUUUCCAUAUGCAUGGGACUUGCUUGGAAUAUUGGAGACUUGUAGUGGCUAUGUUUCUUGGUUAGGCAAAGGUUGUGCUAAUGCAAAUGGGCUUCAGCAACAGGCAUUAUUGGCGGGUCAGACAUGGAGCUCACAUGGUUAUAAGGAGGCCUUUAUGAGUGGCGACCAAGAACCAUGGGUUUUUCGAGGUGGUGUUCAAGGAGAACUUCAAAAAUUAAUGCCAAUUGAUUUUGCACAUGAUCUGUUCCUUAUUCGUGCUCCAGAAGUGGUGUUAAACAAGUUCUAUCACUACAGACCUUACACGGCAGCAGAUGAGGCAGCAGUUUACAAUAUUUGUUUAAAGACAUGUGAUGAUGGGAUGGAUGGUACUGAAGUUUUCCCAGGAUAUCCAGAUCUUAUUGGAGAUAGGAUUGUAGGAAGGACAGUUUCACAGAGUUCAGAAUACUGCUUUGUUGUGGAGGAUGAUGAGGGAAUAUGUGGUUAUGCUUGUGCUGCCCUUGAUACAAAAGUGCUUCAACAAAAAAGUGCCCUCUCUUGGAUGCCAGCUAUGUGUGAAAAAUAUCCCAGAACCAUCAAAGGGGAACAGUCUCCUGCAGAUGAAGUCAUAUCCAGUUUUCAUGGAGAACAGCAUUUCGUUCCAGAAUCAGUCCAUAAUUUGUAUCCAGCAUGUAUACGCAUUGACUUCAUUCCCCCACGCGUUGUUGACCAUUCUGUUCCCAAAAGGCUGUUGGCAUGUGCUAUGGCUGCCUUGAAAACAAAUGGUGCUACAGGUAUACAUGUGGAAAUGAACAUUGGUGACAAAUCUAUGAUCGAUCAUUACCAACGAUUAGGAUUCACACAACUCGCUGUCCCAGAUAGCAAAUCUGAAGAUGUUGUGUAUUUAGGGCGUAUGAUUUGUUUCAAUAGAAUUUUAUAGGAACAAGCAAUAAAGGUCGGCUACUGUGAUAAUAUAACUUAUUGACAAAUGUGCAAUGAUGAACUUAUUGAACCAAAACAAAAGACUGAAAAAAUAAGAAGAAAGAAAAGGAAAAAGAUCAUGUUGAAUAUUUGAUUGUAAUUUUUUAUAUGUCAGUGUAAUAUUUUAUUAAUGUCCAUUAAAUGUCAUUGUUAAAUGUUCAUUAAAUAUGAUAUGUAUUAUCAUGACAGUCUUGUAUUGACCAUUCAGGGUUUUGUUAGAAACAAAAUAUUUCAUUGUAAUGUCUUUCAUUUCAUGUGAUCACUAAAUCUGUUAAUUGUUAUUACAAUUAAAACUAUCAAAAUUAAA